UAUAAGAAAAGAAGCUUUCGAAUGCAUUCAGUAUCUAUAAUUCUAGAAAUAUAAUUGAAUAGAAAAUUAUUACGAAGACAUUUUAUUAAUUGAUUAGUUAUUUGUUAAAACGAAUGAUGGAAAAAUUACGGUUGUUUUUUUUGUUACAAUUAUUAUAUGUGUUAUCUAGUUCUCAAAAAACGUAUUUAGAUUCACCGGCAAAUCUGGAAAGAUAUCGAUUAUUUCGUAAUUGGAUUACUCGAAGUAUUGGCACAAAACAAAGAGUUACAGCGCGGCACGAAGAAAAAAUUCAAGAAGAAAUUCUAACAGAUAUUCCAUUUCCUUGCAACGUGACAGAUGCUAGAUCUUUUACUAUUCCCGAUUCAGUUCAUCGUUUAAGACCAGGAGAUAUAGAUGUUAUUGCUGCGAUGGGUGAUUCCUUGACAGCUGGAGUUGGAAUUUUUGCAACUAGUUUAUUAGAAUUAUCUAUUGAAAAUAGAGGUGCAUCAUUUAGUAUCGGUGGUGAAGAAAUUUGGAGGACAUAUUUAACAUUGCCGAAUAUCUUCAAAGAAUUCAAUCCCAAAUUAAUAGGCUAUGCGCUUGGAGAUGGACAAACUUCUGAGGUAACUUCGCAAUUGAAUGUCGCUGAAAUUUCUGCAAUGUCUAGAGAUAUGCCUUUUAUGGCUAAAUAUUUAAUCAAUAAAAUGAAAAGAGACACGAGAAUAAAUAUAAAGAAACAUUGGAAGUUCAUUUCACUGCUGAUAGGUGCCAAUGACUUUUGUACCAAUAUAUGUACAGUUCCUCCAUGGUCAAUUUUGGAAGAACACAGAAUUGAUUUAAUCAAUACUUUUCGGAUAUUAAGAGAUAAUUUACCACGUACUUUGGUAUCACUGGUAAUAGUGCCUCAUUUAAAGGAACUUGUUGUUACUCGUAAAGGAAGGAAUUCAUUAAAAUGCUAUAUGAUGACCACUUUCGAAUGUUCAUGUUUAUUUGCUUUACAAUUCCGAGAUCAGAGAGAGGAAUAUUAUGAAAUAAUAAGUAGAUGGCAGAAACUGCAAGAGGAAGUCGCGAAUUAUCCAGAAUUUAACAGAGAAGACUUUACUAUUAUUGUUUCACCAGGCAUUAGUAAUAUUAAAAUUCCGCUUGCUGAGGAUGGAUUUAGUGAUCUAUCAUAUCUUUCUGUUGAUUGUUUUCACAUAAGUCAAAAAAUGAAUGCAGUAUUUGCGAAUGCUUUAUGGAAUAAUUUAUUACAACCAAUUGGAAAUAAAACUACUACUUGGAUUCCAGUAUUUGAAACAUUUUUAUGUCCUACUUCUAAAAAACCAUAUCUGCUAACACGUGAAAAUUCCCAGAUUGAACAAUAAAAAUUAAAAAUAAAAUUUAUAAACA